GUCCUUACCAUAGUUCUGAAGCAGAUAAUCGAAGUUGGGCUUUCCACUGGGUGUCACCCAGAGCCUCCUGCUGCCCCAGCCCUCGGUGAAGGCGCUGGAGAAAACACAGGGGAGGUGAAAAAGGAAGUAUUUGUUAAACCUGCUUCCGGAGUACACGCUCUGAGCACCCGCGCCUCACAGCCCCGCGCCGGCCAGAGCGAAAGCGGCGAGGUACAGACACUCAUAGGCCGCGGUCGUCCCGGAGCACUCGAGCGGAACCUAGAGCCCGCGGUCUAAGUUCCUGGCCGAGCCUGAAACACGGCGAGCCAGUUCUUGGGCGCAUGCUCGCUGCAUUCUACGGCCCUCACCCGGCGCAGGCACAGGAGCGGCCCACAGCACGAUCCUCCCAGCUCCAGGUUCCCCCGCCCCCGCGGCUUCAGAGAUUGUUGAACGGUGUCGGCCCCCAGUCUUGUCGACUUCGCGCCUCCCCCGCGACUCAGAGGCAGAGUGAUCUUGGCCGUAGUACAAACCGACCUAGGAACCAGAUGAGCAGAGACAUCUGCGUCCACACCUGGCCAUGCUCCUAUUAUUUAGAACUUGAGAAGCAAUGGGUCCCUGGAAAACUUUCAUUAACUUCUCUCUCACUAAAAUUUAUGACUGAUAAAACUAGAGAAAUUCUUGUCAACUUUCCUCUUUCUAGUAUAAUUGAGAUCAAGAAAGAAGCUUCUUAUUUUAUCUUCAGUUCUAUUACCAUCCUGGAAAAGGACCACAACAAGCACUGGUUCAGUUCCUUGCAGCCUAGUCGAAAUGUCGUUUUCAGCAUCAUCGAGCAUUUCUGGAGAGAGAUGCUGUUUUCCCAGUCAGGAGCUGCUGUUGAGGAAUCAUCCUCCCCCAUGACCAAGGGGAAGGAGUUGACUGGUCUGAUGGCCUGUACCCAGAAGCGUCUGGAAGACACAGCCAGAGUCCUUCACCAUCAGGGCGAGCAGCUUGACAGUAUCUCGAGAGGCCUGGACAAGAUGGAAUCUGACCUGGAUGUGGCUGACAGGCUGCUGACAGAACUGGAGUCUCCUUCUUGGUGGCCCUUUAGCUUCAAGCUUUGGAAGAUGCCAUCAGAAACAAAGCCCAAGUGGGAUGCCUCAAUGGCUAGUUCCAAAGCUUUUGGAAAAGAAGGGAUAGUGAUCAAAAUUCCUGCUGUUAUUUCCCAAAAAACAGAAUCUCAUGUUAAACCAGGAAGGCUCACCGUCUUUGUUUCUGGGUUGGAAAUCCACAACUCAGAUUCUUUGCUCAUGCACAGAUUUGAAAGAGAAGAAGUAGAUGACAUCAAGGUUCAUACACCUUAUGAAAUUAGCAUCCGCCAGCGGUUCAUUGGGAAGCCAGAUAUAGCUUAUCGUUUGAUAUCUGCCAAGAUGCCAGAGGUUAUCCCCAUUUUGGAAGUGCAGUUCAGCAAGAAGAUCGAGUUUUUAGAAGAUGCCUUGAUGCUCAGAAGCACUAGAACCUCUCCCCUAGCAGAGAAGGGCUACUCAGUCUGGCAUGCAGCAUCUGGGCUUUUGGACCGAGCCAUGCACUGUGAGCCCUCCUCAGGGAACCAGGAAGGGAGGCCACUUCAGCUACAGAUGAGCGAACCGUUAAUUUCCGAGGGGGACAGCCAGGAACUGAGACAGAUCCUGAGGAAACUAAAAGAUCUCGCGUUGGAUGCCGAAUCAGAGCUGGAGAGACAGGAUGAGGCCUUGGAUGGCAUCACUGCAGCUGUGGACCGGACAACCUUAACCAUUGACAAGCAUAAUCGACGAGUGAAAAAACUGACCUAGAAGGACAAGAAAGCAUAGAGGUGACUGCUUUUGUUGAGAAUCACUUCUCUGAGUACGUUGUUCUCAACUCCUGCAUGCUUCUUUUGAGAUGAAGACCCCAGGAAGUCAUUCCAAGAGCCCUGCCCCAGGAGGUGCACAGCUGCCUCAGGGUGAAGGGCUGCUGUUGACAGCUGUGAGCAGCUUAGCUUGGGGUGAUUGUGGCUUCCACCAAGGGAUUCCCUUGCAAGGAGCUGAAAGUGCAGCUGAAGGAGAGGAGUUCUGCCUGCAAAUACAGCGAGCCGCUUCCUCCCAAGGCCCUCUCGGGCUGCUUGUGGAGUCAGGAGCACACACGCAUUCAAACAUGGGCUGAGCCCUAUUGAGGUGGCCACGACAGCAAGGCGGCUCUUCAUUCUGAGGGUGGGCUGCACCCAGCACUCAGGGACCACUUUGCUUGGCCACAAUCCCAGGUCUCCAGUGGCACAACUAGCUGCAUUUUCAUCCUUUCUCCAUUCUUGAUAAGCAUAAAAAGGUUGGUUUAAGUCUCUGUGAAAGAAAUCUACUUAUUUCUAACCCUCUGCCUAUCUGAACACUCUAGGCAUAUCCUAUGUCAGCAAAAUCUCUUCUCCAGGAUCACAUUCAGGUCUGAGCCUGCCUCUCCUACAUGGGCUGCUCAGCACAGACCCCACUGCCUUCACUUUGUUCCAUUUUUCUUUGGUGAACAGGUCAGUUUCUUUUUGGUUGUAUUAUAAUUUCGAACCAAAGCUGAGUCUAGUAUACCUCAAGGUCAUCCUAUAAGCACCUGAAAUAUUUUCACUGCUCAGUUUUUAGUCAAACAUGAAAAUAGUACAUACUGCACCUAUUUUAAAAAGUGUUAAUUUUUGCUUUUUUGCCCCAUUUCUACCCGGAAACAAAAGAGAAAUGCUUGCUUUAGAAUAUUUUUUGAAGCUAUGCAUUGAUGCUGCUUUUUGCUUGGUUUUGGGUAUCUUAGUGUGUCCCUGGGAGAGCCCCUCAUGGGGAGACAAGAGGAAAGUAGAGAAGUGGGUGACCUCCCCCGAUUCUCACAACAAGCCACCUCCAGACUGCUUUGAAAUAGCAUCCCAAAGAACCUUGCACAGAGAGGCUCAUUUAGACCUUGUAGAGAUGUUACUUUGAAGCGCCUUUCCUACAGCCCUCCUGGGAUGGCGCUCGCAAGCCCUGUGCUGCCUUGCUGCACCACUCCACUUGCAUACUAAGUCCUGGAUCGUUUUAAGAAUUAAUUCACAGAGGCAGUGUAAGUUUUCUGGGGCUGCCCCAACAAAGUACCACAAACAAGAGGCUUACAACAAUAGGAAUGCACUUCCGGAGGCCAGAAGUCCAGGAUCGAGGUGUAGGCAGGCUGUGCUCCUUCUGGAGACUCUAGGAGAGGAUCAUUCCUGCCACUUCUAGUUGCUGGUACCUCCAUGUAUCCCUGAGCUUAUGGCCACAUCACCCCAGUCUCUGCCUCCAUCGUCAUGUGGCCAUCUUCCUGUGUUUCUGUGUCUCAAAUCUCCCUCUCCUCUCUCUUAUAAGGAUCCAUCCUAAUCCAAGGUCAUCUUAUCUUGAGAUCCUUACCUUGAUGACAUCUACAGAGACCGCAUUUCCAGAUAAGGUCACAUUCAGAGGUUCCCAGUGAGUAUGAAUUUCGGGUCACCUAGGGAUGCCCAGCCUUGUCAUAGCUGACCCAUUCCAAAAAGACAUGGAAAGUAGCACUUUUAGAAAGUAAUGUUCAUAGGGGUCUUUCAGUUCUUUACUGUUUUGCAAUUUGGUGUAUUAUAUUCCUAGUCUCUGUUUGUCUUACUUGGUUAGUACUUACUAACCUCCAAAAUGACAGGUGGACCUGUUCUGUCAAGGUUUCUCACGCUAAUGCAGCAUGUGAGCAGUUUGCUCUUGACCUUUCCUGGCACAUCAAGUGAUGGAGCUCUUGGAGCUCAUGGUCAUUCCAGGGGGUCUGAGCCCCAUGCAGCCCCUUCUAGUGCUUGAUGACAGGGAGGUCGGGGAGGACACGGCAGGUGUGAAGAUGUGUCAACAAGGACAGUUAUUGAGAGCUCAUGCCUAGAGGCAGCGGCAGCUGGAUCACGUCCCUAGGGAACUUGGAGGAAUGCUGGAGGAAAGGCAGCUCGUGCCCUGGGCACAGGGCAAGUGCAGGUGUGCAGGCUGCGCCCAAAUACUGUAGCUUCUCACAGCAGCCCAUGAAGAGGGAGUUCCCCUGAGGUAGAGUAUGUGGUUCUCACCGUGGCCACACACUAGGCUCAUGCCAGGAACUCAGAAGAUACAAACACACGCACACACGCGUGCACUGACCCCAGACCCCUCAGUCAGAAUCUCUGAGGGUAUAUACAUUACCCAGAUGUUUCUAAUGAGCAGAAGGGGAAGAUCCACAGGCCAGGUGACUUACUGCCACUAGACCUGCUCUCUCUCUACAUCUAGCUCUAGAGAGCCCUGAACAGCUGAAAUGAAAACGAAUCUGUCCCACUCAUGAUGCUCUUCUGAAUCCAGGUGGGCACUGCUCAAGAGUUCCCAGUGCAGCCUCCAGCGGCCAGCCAGCCUCUGCUUGUCCUGAAUACAGAUACCACCCAGCACUCAUGUGGCAUCAGGGCUGUACACACCUCGGCUGCUAACAGGCCUCUGGAAAGCAGGGGGCCAGGACUCCUGGUGAUCCCUCGCCAGGAGCAAGCCCUGAGCUCUCUGGGCCUCACGCUCUCCUAAUCCAUCACCUGGGGAUGCCUAAAGCCCAGACACUCUGGGCAUGAAGGUGUGUGGUACAGAAGACAUUGUACUGUUAGAGGAUUAUUCUCCAGGCCUUUUCUCUCCCAUGAAUAGUUAAAUUGAUAGAGACUAUGGUCUGUUUAUGUGGAGACUUAACAGUGUAAAAAAAAAAAAAAGGCCAUCAGGGGCCAUUUUAUGCUAUUUUUUUUAACCUUGGCCCUAGAGUUAACUUUUUUAACCUUAACCCCUUCCAGUAGCAGAAAAUCCAUGUGCCAAACUGUUAGUCACCAAGGCUGAAACAAAAUUGCCAGGAACCGUAUAACACCAGGCAUUGAUUCCCACGGCACACUGAUUCCCCACCCCAGUUGCGCUAAUUCCACCUCCCAUUGCUCCCUCAACUUAUGGUGCACUGACUCUGCCUCCACACUUCAGACAUGGGAAGGACACGAGGGGGAACAGAUAUUAUGAUGCUCCUAGAAGCAGUACCAGGGGAAGGAGAUGAGCAGGUAGGCUGGUGAUCUCUCCUGCCAUCCUCAGGCAGCCCAGGUGGUAAGUGCCAUGAUGCUUAGAACCAAGUGGAUCCCAUCAGGUGAGUAGACCCUCUGGAGAGUGGCAGGAAGGGCACACUGAGCCUGUUGGCAUCAUCAUCGCUGGUGUUUGGAUCAGGACCUAUUGUGUGUCCUGUUUUGUUUUUUACUUUCCUGAUGUGGAGUAUGUCCUCUAACAUUGACAUUGGGUUUAUGUGUGGGGUCAGGCUCACCCACAUGAGUACCAAACUCUAUUUGCCGCUGUUUAGCCUGUGACUGAGGGAAUUAUGAGGGGAUUAUGUUAGUUUGUUGUCACCCCGUAAGGUGUUUGUACUUCCUAAAACAUGUAACACUUUGAGCUCAGUUUUACACUCUGUAGAGGUGGGCAGAAUACAAGACCCACGUCUGAUGCAGCUGUGAGACCAAUAUUGAGCUGAAAUGAAACUGCUUUGACAUUUCAUCAAAAAUGGCUGAUCCUUUUGUUUGUUUUGUUUCUAUAUAAGGGUCAGGUAGAAAAUACUUCAUCUUUCAAGCCAUAUGGUGUCUGUUGUGAACAAAUGGCCAUGCUAUGUUCCAGUAAAACUACCUGUGAGAUUAGAAUUUCA